AUGGCUGGUCAUCGAGCAUCUCAAAAUCUGCACUCUCUACCCCCUUGUGACGACUCUCCUUUGCCUUUAGGCGUUCAACUUCUUGGAAGAUUUCAUAAUCGUACCUCUACAGCUUCUCUUGACACUAUUAAUACACUCCUACCUCAGUAUUCGGUGUUAGACCAGGAGACUGACACUGUUGCCCUCUGGGGCGACGAUCUUGGCGCGCACAGGGAACUCACUCAUUCGCAAGCUGACGAUAGCGAUACUGGGACCUUAGCUGGGGGCGUUUCCCAUUCAGAGAAUAGCAAUCGUAGGGUUUCGGUUGCAUCAGUACCCCCUCGAUAUUCAUUCGUUCCUCCUCGAUAUUCUCACCUGUUCGACGUUCUGUCCCAGCAAGUCACAGAAGAAGGGGUUUCGCACACCGAACACACAUACAGCAUCUGCAGUGGGUUGAAGAACAAGCCAUGGGCUACGUUACGUGUAUUCAGCCAACCUCCGCUCGAUGCUUCACCAAGACACCAGAAGUUCCCCCGCUUCUCAAGUGGCAAUAUAAUUGCGGGUUUGAUUGAGUUCACGCUGGAUAGCCCUCAGACUGUCAACUCUAUCACUGUCUCCGUCCAUGGGCGCAUCAUAAGAGGUUACCUUGCCGAAGAAUCCGACACAUUUCUUGACCACCAAGUCGGCAUCUGGACACGCGCCGAUGGGGAUCCCCGUUCCCCAGAACCAGGGUCCAACAAAAAGUUCAAUGGAAGACUUAAGGGGACGUACCAGUUCCCCUUUGUAUUCCCCUUCCCCACCCAUGUAGAUAUAUCGACUUCUACUCCGUUCCUCCCACCGUCAUUGCAAACUUCUUCGGACUCUAUCUCUACAUCCAGUUCGAGUCCUGCGACAGCAACAACAUCGAUUUCGUUUCCACCUGCCACCGUGCCACCUGGUUCACGCUUCCAUUCACUCAGUAUACCCGCGAAUGCCACUUAUUCUUCAGGUUCGAAGAACCCCUCAUCUGUGCACUUGAGUACGAACGCCCCAGAAGAGUCAGAGAAGGCGAGACUGAAACGAGCAGUAGAGGAGCAAGACCGAGCAGCAGAGGAGCAGGACCGAGCUCUGGCACAACGUGAAGGCCGCAGUCACACCUUUCCAAUGCAUGUAUUUCCUGUUCCUCAAACUUUCUUGGAGCGUGGCAUCCAUGCGAACGUGCAAUACGAGCUUGGCUUACAUGUUGCGCACGGGAUGCUGCACCCGGCUACGUAUACUGAACAUGCCCCGCUGCCUGGACCAGCACAAGAUCCGGACGGAUGGCAAACUCUCCCGAAAGUUACGCUUUCUGGGGAGCUUCUAGGCCAGCAAAAAGUAGAUGUGGAAUGUACUCUCUCACUUGCCAAACCCCUUUGUUAUACCCGUGGUACCAUCAUUCCGUGCUACUUGACCCUCGAAAGCUCAAAUUCCCAUGCUCUCAGCGUUCUCUUAACACCCAAGUCUCCCUUUGUCCGGCUCACACGGCGGGUCCGCUAUGCCCAAUAUUCGUCACCAGCCACUGAGAAUUUCUCAAACGAACCACCGACUUCUGGUGACUCCCUUGCUGCUGGGUUCUCAACCUCCCUGUCCAGAGGCAAAGAAAUCAAUAUCGGUGGUGGUAAACGUGGGGGCGCGAAGGAGGUAGACGAAAUCGAGUUGGCGGUAUGGUGGGCCCCACCUAAGGAUGCUCCACAGGAUAUGUAUCUGAAGGCUUUGGAGGGCGAGAUACAUCUCGCCAAGGACUUACAGCCUACGUGCAGGUUUCCUUCGUUUAGUGUCGAGUAUGCUGUCGAAAUGCUUCCACUAGUUUCGUCCGUCUUUGUGCCAGCUUGUUCCGAGGACGAACAGUGUCUUCUUGUGCAGCCCGUGGAGAUCGCUACACGUUAUGCGGAGGAAGGCCCUGUGCCACGUGCAUUCACCAAACCUAUGUCUGACCGAGAACAAGGGAAAAGGAAGAAAGAGAGGGAGGAAAAAAAGGAGCAGGUGGACAUUGUGUCGAGGGUAGCGUACUGUGGUCGCGGAAAUUGA